AUGUCAUUUCACACGCCGGUGAAAGCAUUGAAUCCGGUCGACACUAAGCUACCUGAUCACGUUGUUAAGGGUGCCGUAAUUGUGGAUGAUAGGAUUCACCAAUGGAAUCCAAGUGUUGUACUCGAAGCUAAUGGGCCCAUGUCGGCUUUUAUUGUUAUAGACAAAAAGUCGGGAGAUGUCGAUGAGGUCGUAAAACGAGUUGUGGUCGAUUUGAAACUGCCAUCGGGAGAAGAUUAUGGGUUGAUUUUCGAGGAGCCAAAAUGUUUUCUUACGCCUUCCAAUUUGAGUCGAGUUACUCAUGGCUUUAUGCUAACUGUGACUGCGGCACCGGAUCGCUGCUUUGUAUCGUGCUUUUACAAGCUGUCGAAUAUUGGUCUCUUGUAUGAUUUACUGGCUGAUGAUAGGAUUGAGAGCAGCCAGUCAUGCCUCAGUCUCUGUCUAAGUUCUCUUCGAUCAAUUCUCCAAUUGGAGGUGGACGGAAUAGGAUGGAGCAGUGCGUCGCCUGUUCUAGUUAGCAAACUUGCUACUUUGGUUACGGGUAGAGCAAAACGAGAGGAUUCAAAUGUGGUUUUGAUUGCUCUAGAUAUGAUUGAACAACUUCUCAAUAGCGACAGCGAAAUCAUUCGCGAACUUGUGCUGGCUGAAGUGCCUGCUCAAUCGUUGAUACGUCAUUUGGAGAAAUCUGACGAAAGGGUUGCCCUUGCAGCUUUAUCGCUUAUGAAUGCUUUGCAUGAGAAGAGCGAUGCGCCGAGUCGUGAGCAAAUUGUUAAGCAUUUCGCUUCCGUACCGUUCCACACUGCUAUCAGAGGAAGUGUACUGAGAGAAGGUCGAUCUCGUGAUGCAGCUCUUCUUAACCAGCUCGCACCUCUGCAACGACUGCUCAUCGAGGAACGCACAAAGUCCUUGGGAGAACCUGUCAUAGAGAGCGAUGUGGAGGCGUUACUUAGCCGUGAUGCAAUUCGUUCGUCAGCUAAGGACGACGCGCAGCUGGGCGAGUGGUCGGAUCAGUUACUUACAACGCCACUGGGUAAAUUAGCGAUUGAUACCUUCACGAAGUACGCCGAUCAACAUUCUGAGGAUUUACGUAUUGUGAGUGAUUCCUAUCUUUUUUUCUUCUAUUAUUUACAUUGCAGUAUUUCCUGCAAACGGCAUAUGAGUGAUUGUGCCGAUUAG